AUGCUCGGUCUUAGUGCGUAUGAUAGCAGCAGCGAGGAAGAAGCUGAGACCAGACCUUCAGCACCUCAGCCAAGGAAACAAUCCCCCGGGGCCUCGCAGGCUGACCAGAUCAAAGGCCACAAUACAGCUGAGGUCCCUCUAAAUCUACUUCAAACGGGUUCGAACACCACGGAUGAAAUCACAAGUGGCCCUGUCCUAGGCCCGGCUUCUAUGAACACAGCCCCAUCCCCGGAAGAGCAAUCAGCAGGCGGCCGAACUUCUCCAUUUUCAACAUCGCGAGCUUUGAUCCAGGACUUAACGCUACCCCCUGUACCCAAUCUGGAUAUCCCUCCCUCCCCACCAGGAUCCCCCGACCCUGCCGCAAAUGCCAAAUUCGAGCGCUUUCUUUCUCUUAAGAAUCAAGGCGUUCACUUCAAUACAAAACUGGCAAGCACAACGUCCUUAAAGAAUCCGAGCUUGUUGAUCAAAAUGAUGGAACAUGCCGGGAUUGAUGAGCAGGCACAGUAUGAUACGUCCUUACCAUUGGAACUCUGGAACACCUCCACUCUACCUCCUUGGGCGUUUAAGGAAGAGCUCCUCCGGGCCCAACAGGAAGCUCGGCAGAGGAUGGAAGAUAAGAAGUCAUCUGGACAGAGAUCCUCUAUUGAGUUUGUCUCCGGGUCUCCUACAAACCGACCCGCUUCUAGCAUGGAGGCAAAGAGAAAAGGCAACCCAUGA